AUGCAACCGUCAUCUGUAUCCCCUUUUCCCACGCCACGUCCCCUAGCAAUCAACGGCAUCGCAAUUCUCUGGCUUCUCUCUGGAUUUUUAUGGAUUUCUGCGAAAUACUCGGGCUUGACACUCCAAAGUACGCAAAUAUCCAUAGAAAAGGUACCUUCACGCUUUACGGGAUGUAUAAGCCGGCACCACCUCGCCCAAAGAAGACACAGAUCGUCCGCACUCGUACCGGAUGCCAAAAUUGCCGGACGCGGCGAAAGAAGGUCGGUUCGCAGCCGAGUAGGUUACUAUGGGUCCGAGUUAACGCAAUCUUGGCAGUGCGACGAGAAGAAACCCGCCUGUGGUCCUUGCACUCGAUUGGGGAGAUGUUGUGAUGGUUAUGUCACUAAGCUAGAAUUCCGCGAUGUAUCUUCGAGUCUAGCCGAAACCCGGGGUCAUCGAGUCCAGCGGAGUAAGGGCCCGGUCUCCCCCCAGCAGGAAGCUACCGCGCAAUCCACACGCGAUAUUAUGUGGCAUGCUUCCUACCGCAAUUCGCCAUGUUCCUCGCAAACCACUGGUAGCGAUUCUGCUCAUUCCCUAGCACCAAGUCAGAUUCCAUGCAGUGCGGACUUCAAGAUAGAUUUAACUCUGAAACCCGACAUGGAAACCUUCUAUAUGAGUAUUUGGGAGAUUCAAUGUGCCCCUGCAAUUCAUCCAGUCUUUCGCAAGUUAAUACGUCUUGGAAACUUAUCUCCGGUGAUCGUGAAUACAACAAUGGCUAUUGCGGCUCGUCAAUUAAGCCGGAUGCUCCCUCGACCAAGAGAAUCAAACUCACUUGAUCUUCCUGGGUCGUCGUUUAGGCCAGACCUAAGGCAACAACAUAUCAGCGGGGGGUUCUCCAGCUCUGCUAUGCGGAGCGUAGCACAAUGGACUCAGACAGACUUUAACCGUGACCCAACCACCGCAUUGGCAGUUCUUACCAUGUUCUGCUACCUUGAAUCAUUGAUGAGUAACUUCCAGGGCUUCUACUUACAUUCAGCUGCUGUGGGGACCCUGAUAAAAACUGAGGGGCUUCGUAAAGCUCAGCCGGAUAGUUAUAUGGCCGAACUUGCCUCUGCAUGGGUACAAUCCAAAUUGCAUAACUGGUGGCGAAGACUUCACUUCAGCACGCCUACUUUUCAGAAGGACCACCCCGCUCUCGUUACCCAGUCGACGAUAUUAUCUCUUUCAGCUAUAGUCAACAGUAGCCGGGUGGUGAUCCUUACCCUACUAUGUGAAUCUUAUCGGCUAAGCACCGCAAUUUUCAUGUACCAUUGCGGCGAUGUCGUGGAUAUGGAGCUCGCCAUGCUAAGCACUCCAUUCCACAAGUUGAAGCCCCCUCCCUCAUCUUACUUGAGUGCGUUUCUUAGCACACAGGAAGAGCGACUAAAUUACCAACGAUUCUCCUUAAAUCAAUGGCAUGAUCGGCUGUCACCUUCGGACCUACCUAUCGAUUCAUAUUCUACGUCUCCCAGCGAUAAUAGAUGGGACUCGGGCAAUUUACAAGUGGACCCAUUGCGGUUUAACUCCCAUGACGCUGCGAUGAACUUCGCUUAUUAUAUCACUGCUCGAGUUAUGCAGUGUACAGAGUAUCUUACGGCCUUCCAAUCAGAACAUUUCCAUGCGAAGAUAGGUGAUGCUUAUAAGAUUGUGGAACCAUGGGUCAUACUGCUCCUUCGUCUCACAGCCAGUAUCAACUGGGAAAAUUGUAUGAAGCUUAAUACCUAUACCGUCGGCAUAUCUGGCUUGCUCUUAGCUUGUGUUCUACGCUCAGGAAACUUCUCGAUAGGCCUCUGGGUGGAAGAUUGGCUAGACCAACGAUACAAGGAAGGAUGUCUUGAAGAGGGAAGCUUUCCCAUCUUCCAGAUUCUACAAGUACUGCGUAUUAUCAAUCAGGAGAGAAAGUCUGGCCGCCAUGUAUAUGCUGUCUGUCAACCUACCGAUGACGGUGGAGGCGUGGGCAAGUUUGACUCGUAUAACAGUCAGAGGUUAGCGUCAGUGUUGGUUUAUGGAUGGUGCUUGGGCUCGCAAUGUUUUUACGUGCGUCAUAUUGUCCUGGAUACUUAG